GUUGUCAGCAUCAGAGACUUUGAGAGAAAGAACCAUUCAUCUAUCAGGGAAUUUGUGUUGUUAGGCUUAACAAGUUCUCCUGAAAUACAGACACUUUUAUUCUGGUCCUUCAUAUUUAGCUACGUUAUAGCUCUAGUGGGUAACUUCCUCCUUAUUUCUAUCAUAUGGACUUCGAAGAAACUUCACACUCCAAUGUAUUUCCUCCUUGUCAAUCUGUCCUUGGUGAAUGUGCUCUCCAUCUCAACCACAACUCCCAAAUUGCUACUGACACUUUUGUCAUAUGAAAGCACCAUCUCAUUUUAUGGCUGCAUCACACAGGUCUUUUUUUUUAUAUUGUUCAUGGUGACAGAACUUCUGCUGCUGACAAGCAUGGCUUUUGACCGCUACGUUGCUAUCUGUUACCCUCUGCAGUAUACUCUUAUCAUGAGAAAGGAAAUUUGCGCUGCUAUAGCUGUUGGAGCAUGGGCUUCAGGACUGAUCAAUUCUUCAGUUCACUCCGGACUUGUCCUACAACUAUCCUUCUGCGAAUCCAAUAUUAUCAAUCAUUUCUUCUGUGAUCUGCCUCCACUUUUUAAGCUCUCAUGCUCAGACACCAGCUUGAAUGAAACUAUGGCUUCUGUGGCAGAUAUAAUUUUUGCUGUUUUUGGUUGCGGACUGACUCUAACAUCAUAUGGAUUUAUUAUAAGGACCAUCUUCAGAAUCCGUUCCACCAAAGGGAAGAAGAAAGCAUUCUCCACAUGUUCCUCCCAUCUUAUUGUGGUUACUUUUUUCUUUUCUUCAGUCAUCUACACAUAUAUCAGGCCCACUUCAGUCUUUUCUUUGAACAGAGACAAAUACAUUUCUCUCCUUUAUUCAGUGGUAACCCCUGUUAUUAAUCCAGUCAUAUAUUCACUAAGAAACAAAGAAGUAAAAGAAGCUCUCAAUGCCUUUAUUGGAGGAGGUAGAUUGUUUCCAAGAGUUCCACAUUAA